AUGCGCGACGUCGAAAAGAGCUCGCCCACGCUGCCGCCGCCCGCCGCCCCCGCUGCCACAGAGCAGGGCCUCCCGCGCUCCAGCGCCGAAGACAUCACCGCCCUCCCGCACCAGAAGCGUCUCGAGCAGAGCCCGCACCUGCGCCCCAUCUCGCAGCAGCACGCCAUCCCGUACAAUUUCCAGGCAGGCUCGCAUUCGAGCCUCCCUACUGCGCGGGAGCGGGGAAAACUCCAACGGCCCCAGUCCCUGCGUAAGCCCGCCACCGAAUCGGCGCUUGUUCGGCGCAAGUCCAGCAAGAAACAGAAGAGGGAGCAUGAUCACAUUCGCGAGGAGGAAAUCAGAGCCAUGAGCAUGCCACUGCCCCAGAAGCGGCCGGCCGGCAACUCUGGGAGCAUGCUACGGCGAGACAGCAAGAAGGUCAAGGGCGGUCUCAAUCACCGCUUCGAACGUCCCACCUCCAACAUCUCGCUGCCGCUCGAGGAAUCGAUCCAUUCGUCCAUGUCGGGCAGCUCCGAUCCGCGUGCGUUCCGGGUGAGCGCUCUGGACAUGUUCUCGCCACGACCCACGAUACGAUGCUCCGUGGGCACGCAAUACUACUAUGGCGGUAUCGACACAUCACCCACAUCACACAAGAGCAAACACGAGUCGCAAAGAGAUCGCAGAACGGCGUCCGAUCUGCACGACAAGCGAACGAGCAGGAUAGCCGACCUAGCAGACACCCUCGAUGCCGGAGCACUCAGAGAAAUACUGGAGAGGGACAAGCGGCGCAGGGAGAAGAAGCGAAAAGCCGAGGACGAGCGCCUUCGACGCCGGCUAGAACGUCGCGCAGAGAAGCAAGUAUCUAUGGAGGCAGGGCCUACUGGCACGCCUGCGACUCCCCGCAGAGAGGCACGAGGAGCGAUUGGUCUUGGUAUCGACAAGGAACUGCCCACGCCGACGCCCACGCCCAUGGAGGAUGUUCGCCCAUCGACGCCCCAGCGGCCACAGACUCUGGACACGACUAUGCUGGCUCCGAAGCCGGAGGAGACCAGCCCGUUGCCCACUCCCCUAGAGAGCCCUAUCGAAGAACCCGUUGUCUCGGAUGCCCGAGCCGUCCACUAUUCUCGAGGCAGCGUCUCCGGGCCCGUUCAUACCCGCGGACCGUCGAAUGUUUCGGAGAUGCCAGAACUUCUCUCAGAAAAGAUUGCUCACGAUACGCCCGUCGAAUCCGAGCCCGUCCACGAUGCCACAGCAAGCGGCUCCCUCCACGCCGUGGAAACCACCGACACGGCCGCAACGUCCAAGUGGGGUCCUGGUCGACGCCGCAGCUCAGAGGGCAAGCGCAUUGGCAUGUUUGCCUCUUUCUUUCGGCGCGGAAAGCGCAGAUCUCAGGAUCGGGGACGUACAACGCCAUCAGCAUCAGAGGCCUCGUUCUCCAAUACGUCGCGCGAGUCCAUGUCCCGUCAGCCACUCCCUGCCCAUUUGGUCGCCACAACACACACGCCACCUAUUCCAAUCAAACGUCCUUCCAGCGUCCCCCGCCGCACCAUGUCGAAAUUCAGAGAGGACCUGCCGGAGUUUCCGCUCUCUCCACCAGACUCCCGGGUACAGUCACCAGAAGUUACGUCAGGCAGUGCUAUUGCAGCUCGACGACGGAGCCAGGCACCAGCCGAUCUUCGCGUUGACAGUAAUAGCCCCGGGGAAGAAGCUCGAACAGACUCUCCAGUCAGCCCAGCGAUGCCGAAUGCUGGUCUGAUGUCCCAAUCGCUUGCGUCUGUUGACUCUGAAGGAUCUUGGCUCUCCGGCAAACCAUUGAAGCGCAGGUCGAACAAAUCGUACCUGCGCUCAAGCGUUGGCUCGUCCUCCGCUGCCAAACGGAACGAAGAGUUCAACGCCUCAUACGAGGAAUUGGGCAUACCGGAUGACGAGUACUUUAAAAGGCUAACGCCGCAGCCGGACGAGCGACGGAGGUCAGCUGACAUGUUAGCGAGAAAGGCAAGCAGCACCGCAAUGGCAGCAUUGGAUGUCGCUCCCGAGUCUGAUGACGAUGAGCCACCGCCGCCUACGAGAAAGUCCUCCGAAGAGGAGGAAUUGGUCCAGCACACCGUCGGACGUCAACCCACCAUCGUGCAUCGCCAGGCCCGUGUCAAGUCAACAGAAGCGUUGUUGAGUUAUUACCAAAACGAUAAGCUCUCGCUCGAGGAACCUUCCGGGACCGCCAGCGAACCCGCAGAAGGAGAGUCCCCAACAUCCGAAAGCGAGCCCGUCAUGGUGCAGCGAGCAAGGAGUGUCGAUCUUGGAAAGCGUCACGUACGCCACCUUAGUGCCGGAUCAGCCAAGCUUCUGGAAAUCCAGAAACGAGCGAGCACAUCUUCCCAUUCACAGAGUAACCCGCCAGUACAGGAGUGA